ACCAGCACUGGCCAGCGGCGCGGACAGUGCUGCACAAUGGCGCGUCAUUGUCAUGACAGUGUGGCGAAAAACAAUAGCGAAGAAACUGUGAAACUACAAAACUUUGCUGUUGACAUCUGGUCGCUUUGUGAAGCUAUUUCUAACCCCUUUAAGUGAUAUUUCGUUGUGAUCGGUUGCAAAAUCCCUUAGUGAUCUUAUGGAAUGUGUUAUUAAAUUGCAGCGGUUGGGAUAGCAGCAGUAAAGGAUCACAGAUCAGGAAGAGGACUCUCUACAGCAGCAGGAACAGAGAGCAGAAGCAGCAGCAGUAGCAGCAGCAGCAGGAAGAAGGAAGGAAGACGAGGAGCAUCCAGAUACCAGGAUUCAGAUUCAGAUUCACAAACUAUAGUUGCAGUUUAAAGUUUUAUUUUUAGAUCAAGGACUAAAAAGGGAGAUUAAGAGACACGACAUCAAGAUAUGGACAUGAUUACUGUGGGACAGAGCGUCAAAAUUAAGCGCACCGAUGGACGCGUCCAUGCGGCCGUGGUGGCGGUCAUCAAUCAGUCCGGCAAGUGCAUCACCGUCGAGUGGUACGAGCGGGGCGAGACCAAGGGCAAGGAGGUGGAGCUGGAUGCCAUAUUGACCCUUAAUCCGGAGCUAGUGCACGACGCCGUGGAGCAGCAUGCUGCCCCGGAGCCAAAGAAACAGGCCACAGCGCCGAUGAAUCUGUCGCGCAAUCCCACACAGUCGGCCAUCGGCGGCAACCUCACCAGCCGCAUGACCAUGGGCGGCAAUCAGCUGAACAAGAUCCAUGAGACGGCCGCAUCCACUGCGUCCACCGGAUCCGUCCAGCCGCAUCCAUUGGGCAACAGCAACGGCAGCAACACGAACAACACCCACAGCAGCGCCUCCAACACUAACGCCAGCACUACGGGUCUGCAGCGGCCCCGCUACACACAAUCGGUUACCGCCACCAGCCAACAGACGCGCAUCGCGUCCGCCGUUCCCAACAACACAAUGCCCCAUCCCACGUCACUGAGCGUCGGCUCGUCAGCGGCGGCGAACGCCUCCGCCUCCGCCACCACUACCACCCAGGCCUCCAACAACACAACACAGGGCGGCGGAGUCGGCGGCGGAGCACGCCGAUCGCACGCCCUCAAGGAGGUGGAACGAUUGAAGGAGAAUCGCGAGAAACGACGCGCCCGUCAGGCCGAAAUGAAGGAGGAGAAGGUGGCCCUGAUGAAUCAGGAUCCGGGCAAUCCCAACUGGGAGACGGCACAAAUGAUUAGGGAGUACCAGAGCACACUGGAGUUUGCGCCGCUGCUCGACGGCCAGGCGGUGGACGAUCACCAGAUCACGGUCUGUGUCCGAAAGCGUCCCAUCAGCCGGAAGGAGGUCAACCGCAAGGAGAUCGAUGUGAUCUCGGUGCCGCGCAAGGACAUGCUCAUCGUCCAUGAGCCGCGCAGCAAGGUCGACCUCACCAAGUUCCUUGAGAAUCACAAGUUUCGCUUCGACUAUGCCUUCAAUGACACGUGCGACAAUGCCAUGGUGUACAAAUACACAGCCAAGCCACUGGUGAGGACCAUCUUCGAGGGCGGCAUGGCGACGUGCUUCGCCUACGGCCAGACCGGCUCCGGCAAGACACACACCAUGGGCGGCGAGUUCAACGGCAAGGUGCAGGACUGCAAGAACGGCAUCUACGCGAUGGCCGCCAAGGAUGUGUUUGUGACGCUGAACACGCAGCGCUAUCGCUCCAUGAACCUGGUCGUCUCGGCCAGCUUCUUCGAGAUCUACAGCGGCAAGGUCUUUGAUCUGUUGGCGGACAAACAGAAGCUACGCGUCCUGGAGGACGGCAAGCAGCAGGUGCAGGUGGUCGGACUCACCGAGAAGGUGGUGGACAGUGUCGAGGAGGUCCUGAAGCUGAUCCAGCACGGCAACGCUGCCCGAACCUCCGGCCAGACAUCGGCCAACUCGAACUCGUCACGCUCGCACGCCGUCUUCCAGAUCGUGCUCCGUCCGAUGGGCUCCACGAAGAUUCACGGCAAGUUCUCGUUCAUCGAUCUGGCGGGCAAUGAGCGCGGCGUGGACACAUCCUCAGCCGAUCGCCAGACCCGCAUGGAGGGCGCCGAGAUCAACAAGUCGCUGCUGGCGCUUAAGGAAUGCAUUCGCGCCCUCGGCAAGCAAUCGGCCCACCUGCCCUUCCGCGUCUCCAAGCUCACCCAGGUGCUGCGCGAUUCGUUCAUUGGAGAGAAGAGCAAGACCUGUAUGAUUGCCAUGAUAUCGCCGGGCCUGAGCUCCUGCGAGCACACCCUCAACACGCUACGCUACGCGGAUCGUGUCAAGGAGCUGGUGGUCAAGGACAUUGCGGAGAUAAUGGGUCCUGGCGGCGACAACGACAUCAUCGAGGUCAUGGACGAUGACGAGGAGGAGGAGAACAAUCCAGUACUCUCCCAUGUCCAGCAGGUGCAGCAUCCACACACCCACUCCCAGACCUCGGUCGGUCAGUCGCUGAACCAGCGUGGUGGUGGCGGAGGCACUGGCUCCCACCACUCGGCUGCUGGUCUCCACAACAACAACAACAACAAUAAGAACGGAAAUGCCGGCAACAUGGACCUGGCAAUGUUGAGUUCGCUGAGCGAACAUGAAAUGUCAGACGAGUUGAUUGUACAACAUCAGGCCAUCGAUGAUCUGCAGCAGACCGAGGAGAUGGUGGUCGAAUACCAUCGCACGGUGAACGCGACACUGGAGACCUUCCUGAACGAAUCGAAGGCGCUGUACAAUCUAACCAACUAUGUAGACUACGACCAGGAGGGCUAUUGCAAGCGGGGCGAGUCGAUGUUCUCCCAGCUGCAGGACAUCGCUGUACAGUGCCGGGAAAUGAUGGCCGAGUACCGGACCAAGCUGGCCAAGGAGGAGAUGCUGUCGUGCAGCUUCAAUUCGCCGAAUAGCAAGCGUUAGCGAGUGGGAUCCGGGACACAGUUCUAAAUCACUUCUGGUCAACAAGCCAAUAAUCCUCCCCCUCCCCACUUCCUCUCACUUCACUUCACUUCACUUGAAACUUGUUUAAUGAUCCAUCCCCCCCGAAGACUUCUGGCUUCUCUAGUUUUUCUGUUUUUUUUUUUUUUUCGUUUUAAUCCCCCCAUCCUCCCACUCCUAAGAGAUUCCACAAUCUGCCCGACGACCACACCAUUCCACCCCAACUGCUCGCUCGUCUUCUGGGCGGGAUCCGAGCAGGUGAGGGUGUAGGUUGGUCGGCUCGUCGAACGGUUGCUGGAAGGUUCUCUUCCAAAAAAGAUUCAAAACCAACCCCAAAAAAAAAAAAUGUAAAAAACAAGAAGAUGCAAACGCAAAUCGGAAAGAAAUGUAAACAGGACACAUCCAUGGAGAAACAUCAAGGACUGCUGAAGACAGAACAGGACAACUGACCGGGACAGCUCCAAACUGAAACUGCGAUACUAUGCUGGAACAUUGUGAGACAUGGUCAGAUGUGAAGACGAAGACCCAGAGAGAAGGCCAGGAGUAUCUUCGACAUGUGUAUAAAAAGAAAAGCAAAAAAAAACAAAAAAAAAGGAAGGAUCAAGGAUCUUCGCAACCUAUUUCCCCCCGUUUUGGGCAUUUUUACCGAUUUGUAGUCUUAGCAUACGAAUAAAAUUACUGCAUCAGUUAUCCGAGGUGUUCAACUCUUGGAUCCAUCUCCCUCUCUCUCUAUUUGAUUUAAUUUUCAAGAUUUUAAGUUAAAAAAUAAAAAUAGUGAAGAGGUUGCGAUCAUUAUGAUUUUAUUGCAGUCGAUAUACUUUGUGAAAGAAAAAGACAUUUACUAUAUAUUUUAAUUACUAUUACUAUUACUUACUAUCUUAAAUCUUAAACCUUAAAUCUUAAAAACAAAAAACAAACCCAUAAUAUGAGAUUCCAUUUACGAUAAUUUUUAAUGCGAAUUGUUUCAUCAAAAGAGCACACACACAUCCGAAAUGGGGAUUACAUUUAACUAUUAUGAAUUAAUUGCGUAUUGUAUUUAUUUAAAGGCCACAAAAACUGUAUUUAAUUUGUAUUAAUUUAUUAAACACAAAACAAAAUGGAAGUACACCAACACCACACAGCACCAAAUCCAAUUUAACUAUUUAAUUAAUAAUAUUCUUUUUACAACUUCUAUAAAUAAUUAUAAUUAUUUAUAUGGAAAUCGAACUGUAAUCUUUGCCUGAAAGUUUUCCUCGACCCAUUAUUUCCUCGACUUUCUCUCGAUAUACACCAUAUAUCAUAUACCAUAUACAUAUUAUAAUCGUAUAAUUUAUAAUGUAUUUUUUAUAUAUAUUUUUUUUUGUGUCGUACUUGUGAAGAAGAAUUUAGAAUGCAAAGCCCCAAUAUCUCUGCUAAUUUGAAGAUUUGAUUUGCAUUUCAUUUUGUACUAAUAUUUAUUGUAUUAUUUUUAAUUAUUUUUAUACGACUAAAACGAAGGAAAACCUAUCUAGAAAGCAAAUCAAAUGAAAAAUAACCAAACACUCGACCACACCGCUUCUACUGCGUUAAAAAAUAAAAAAAAAAAAUACAAGUUGUAACACUAAAAUCGUACCCCUAAUAGCUAGGGGGCGUAGUAACCUUAGCCUUAUGAUAAAAAAAAAAAGAAAAAUACACACAAAAAAAUAAAUCAAACAAAAAUUGAAACAAAAAUUUAAAUGAGAAAAGUAUUUAAAAAGAAGAAAACAUAC